GACAGUCCGUUGACGAAAAAGUACCACGUCGUCAACGUAUUGAUUUGCAGCGAUGACAUAUUACUUCGGAGCACCUGAUUAAAAGUAUCCCUCUUGAAGGGACCACGAGCAGAAGAGCCUUUGGUCACAGAGAGGUAACCAUCACUGAGAGCAUCACUUCAGGACCAUGGACAGAAUUCCCUCAGCGAACCUUCUCCCCACGCUCCUCACCUUUUUACUCCUGCAGGGCGUUCUCAACGUACAGACGAGGAGCCUCGUGGGCUCUGGGAACCAGGUUUUCCAGUCAAAGGACGAUGCUGAUAUUCAGAACAGAAUUCUUGCUUUGUUACUGCAUAAAAACAUUAUUCCAGACCAAGAAGAUAUAAUUGGACUUGAGUUGGGCAGUAGGAUUGCAGAGCUACAAGAGCUGGAAGCCCUCAGAGAAGAACUGAACCUCAAGAGGCAGCUGGGUUCCAGAGCAAUGGACAGAACAAAUUCUCAGCCCAGCAAAAGGGGGGAUGCCUGUUUUUGGAAGUACUGUGUGUGAUGUCCACUUCUGGAGGAAGAAAAUUGUCCACUGCCUUAAUAUCACUACAAUAACAACAGGGAAAUCCUUAAGAAGAUAGAAAAACAUGAUGUUUCAUAAAAAGUAGCAAACCAUUAUGUUUUUUUUCUUUGAUAGUUGUAUGAGCUUCCUGUAUCUUGUAUGAGUAUCACUGACUGACAUAAUAAAUGGAUUAACUAAACAUGUGAUCAAUCCCUAUUCACAAAUGGCAUAACUCUCUUGCACCAGCUAUGUCAACUUCUGAACAUGCAUAAUGCACCACGUUUUUUGAUUGGCCAGUAUAACCUCUCUCACUCUUUAUAAACUGACUCUUUCAUAAGGUUUUGUCUCCCUCUAGUGGCGAAGAAUAAAGUCUCUCACUGAUUCUAAACCUAUUAUGUCUCAGCUGUUGAACCUGAAACGUCUGCUUGUGUUCUGAAAAGCAUCUUUCAAAAGUAGCAGUCUUUAUAUGGUGGGUUCUUCUUAAGUGGUUUGGUGUUAAAUGUUAAGGUGUAGAGAAACCUAACAAGUCAAAAUUAUUCACAAUGGUAGUCAAUGGAACCAGACGUCUCCAAAAACUCCCUGAAAGUUAUAACACAAAUAUGCUGCCUGAUGCCUAAGACAUUGUUUUGUGAUGUUUUUGCUGUAAUGUUUUGGUCUAAAAAUAUUUUUUAAAUCCAUU